AUGGGGUCCGAUGACAGCGAGAGCGAGGAGCAAGAGGAGCGAAAAGAACGACGUGGCGACAAGCGUGAUCGGGAGGAGCGCCACGAGAAGGAGGACCGCGACCGAGACCGCGAUCGCGACCGGGACCGAGACCGUGAUCGUGAUCGCGAUAAAGGCCAGGCAGCCGGGGCUCUGAGGAAUUUCACUGGCGCCAUGGCAGCUUCCGUGGCAUCGGCGGCUCGCACGGAGCGCACUGGAGAGCGCGCGGCACCCUAUGGCGAGGCACCUGCUAAAGGCCGUGGCAAACAGGCGAUCCUUCCACCUCCGCGAAAGACAUUGGAUCGCUCGCGUACAUGUCCUUUCCUGCUUCGGAUCUUCCGGAAAAUAGGCGAGCAUCACGGCAUUCAGGCGUUCACGGAGCGCGGCAAGGAACCGGUCCAUGACGAGCUGCAGGUGUAUGCCUGGCCAGACGUGACACUUCGAGAGUUAGCGGACCUGAUCAAGGACGUGGCACCAGAGGCGCGGGACCCCAAGGUGAGGCUGGCCUUCAACCUGAUCUACCCUGACAAGACUGGAAAGAACGUUAGCACCAACCUGGGCACGGUCACCUGCGCGCGACGCGGUCCCGAUGAUGACAAGGCGCUGUCGUCGUCGAAGUUCCAAACAGGUGAUCUGUUGGACCUGGCCAUCCUGAAGUGA